AUGGGGCAAUGCCAGCCAUGCUGCGUUGGCGACUCUCCCGAGUACGAGGAUGCAGCUACUGCGCAAGAAUCUCCGAAGAGUCGAACGGUGGAGAAGUCCGUGGAGUUCGAGGACGUGUCCGAGAACGGCUUCUCCGACGAGGGACGACCGCGAAAGCCAUGCUCGCAGGUCAGCCUCGGAACGAGUGGGAAUGCGUCGGGUUCGGCUUCCCUCCGGCAGGUCUCCCAGGCGACCCUGGACAGCCUCAUGUCCAAGCCCAGCUUCCUCGAGGACCAGGAGGCUAGCGACGUGGAUGAGCAGGAGCUCCUAGGUCGAACCGACUCGAAGCCAUUUGCUGGGCAUCCAUCCUUCAAGGGCCCCUUCUCUGCUGAGGAUGCCACCCGUGCGGGCUUCUACUCGAUCGUGAGACUGCCGGAAGUUGGCGACGAGGUCGUCUGCUUUCAGCGCAACCACUGGCUGAAGCGCGGGACAGUGGAGGAUGUCCAGGAGGAGGUGAGCAAUGGCCACGACGGCCUGAAAGCAGGUGUCACCGGCGCCUGGGUCACCGUUAAGCAGCAGGAUGGUUCUCUUUACCAUUCCUGGGCGGUUUUCCUGGCCACAGCCAGUGACCAGGAGUAUUCUUCCGUGUGUCUUCAAGCAGAGUUUGAGAACUCCAACUUCUUCAAGCUCCGAAGGACUAUAUACGGUGACACCGUCACUCAUCAAACGCGCGUGACCAAAGCUCAGGCCAAAGCGUCGUUGGAAGCCUGGUUGCAAAACUGCAUCGAUGCGGAUGGCAACGCAGUCGAGAUCUCUCCCGAGAUGCGGAAGGAGCUUCUAGAUAUUUUCGACUCCAACCAAGAGGAUCCUUCGCUGCACCUCUACUCCCUCCACAAGCGCCUGGGGCCUCGAACCGAUGCUCGAAAAGGACGCGACUACUCGCUGUACUAUCAGGCGCUCAACAAUACGCUGAACCACGACACCAGCCAAAGCCUCCGGCCGGCGCUGCCGCUCAUUCGGCGCAUGACGUACCUUCUUCUCUACGACGAGAAGACAGGUGAGAAGCGCCUGCACGAGGGCGGCCGGGUGUGGAAGGGGGACUCCGAGCGCCCAGUGCCGCUGAACAAGCAGCGUUUGAAGCUGGCGUUCAGGCAUCAAGUGCCGAUCCGCUUCCGGCAGUUUCAGAGCACCACCAGCGACCAGAAAGUCGCGGCUCGCUUUCAGAAGCGAGAGGAUCGAAAAGGCUUCCUGUGGAUCAUUGACAUCCCCGCCAAGUACUUCGGGGCGCGCAACAUUCAGGACAUCAGCUCAAGGUCCAAGGAGUCGGAGACCCUCUUUCCUCCUUAUUCUGCCUUCGAGGUCUUGGCCCUGGAGGAAGACUCGUGCCACCUCAGGGCCUUGCCCUACCGGUACGAGGAGGAGGAGGAGGUCAGCAAGGCGGACAGCAUGAAAAGCGAUCAUUUGAACGUGCCUGAGCCGGGGCGUCGGAUGGUGUCAGCCUGA